AUGGCGCCCAUUUCCAAAGCGAAGCGAAAGCAACAACAGGCAGCUGCGGAUGCAUUUGACUCACACUUUGCUGGAGAGUAUGGGGCAGAGAGGUGGCAGAAGCUUCGAGCGUGUCUGGCGCAGCCGACCGAGUAUGCCGCUCUCAUUAACAAUUAUGCGCCGUCCGCGGAGGUAGACCAAGCUCUGCUGGCGGAGGCCUCGAGCGGCUCCUACGCGCUGUUUCGACUGCCCCAGGCGCCUGAACCGACGCCGAGCCUCAUACCCACGCGUGUCUUGUGUCUUACACGCACAAACACAGCCCCUGGCGAGCGUCCUUUCCCUCCUCCACGACCAGCUGCCUCGCCGGACGCAUCGCGGCGGCUACAUACCCACUGGAAUUUGGAUGCAGCCUCAGUGGUAGCCGCGCAAUGCCUAGAUGUACAGCCAGGACAUGCGGUGCUGGACCUGUGUGCUGCGCCGGGUGGGAAAAGCAUUACGUUAGCGCAACGCCUCUGGCCAGAUAUGUAUGCGGAUAAGCCCAGCGCCACGUCGUCACCACGAUCCAUGCUGCAUUCCAAUGAAGUUGAUCCAGCACGGAAUCGACGUCUGGCGUCCAAUUUGCAGAGCUAUCUGCCGCCCCAGCUCAUGGACCAGGGGUGUGUCGAAGUGCUCCGUAUCGAUGGCACGUCGCCUCGUGCUGUCCACCUCUUCCCUCUUGGUGAAGAAGGAUACGAUCGUGUUUUGCUGGAUGCGCCAUGCUCAUCGGAACGCCAUAUCUUGCAUGCCUACCUAAAAAGCCAGCAGUCUGGGACAUUGGCCCCUGAAAUGCUUGCAUGGAAACCCACCAUGACGCGGUCCCUGGCCAAAACGCAGUUGGCGUUGCUGCGUACGGCGUGGUCAGCCUUGAAACCAGGUGGUCGACUGAUCUAUGCGACAUGUUCGCUCAGUCAGGUGGAAAACGACCAGGUUGUCCGCUCGUUUCUUGACACGGUAGACUCGGAGAACCAGCCGCGUAUUUUGCGUUCCGAGUCGCUGCAUAAGUUUUGUGAUGCCACGGAGUAUGGAUACUUGGCCCUUCCUGAUCAUAAGGCACCAGGUGCGGCAGAUCCAUCGCCAUGGGGCCCCCUGUUUUUUUGUAUGCUACUGAUCGGUAAUGAGAAUGGCGAGCUUUGUGCCUAUGGCCAAGCUGGUCCUGGGAAUUUCCAUGCGAUGUCCGCCGAGCAAUGGGUGACUGUCGUGCAAGAGGCUGUGCACAAAGCCAAACAGCAGAUACCCUUCGCGGUGGGGACGUGGGGCCGCGUAUGGGUCGGUUCGGCUGGUCUAGAUACCCCGGAGAAUAAAGAAAAAGCACGGCACCUUGUACGUAUGCAUCUCUUUGAUCCGCCAUGUUUGCGUAUCACCAAUGAUGCCGCGCUAUUGUGCCCUCAUGAAGGACGUCCUAGCGUGGUAGCCAUUGCUGGCACAGGGAGUAUUGUGCUUGCGUUUGACAAGAAUGGUCAGCUACAUGGACGUAUCGGUGGCCUUGGAUGGAUUUUGGGCGAUGAAGGAAGUGCCUACUGUCUUGGACGCGCCGCGCUGCGUGCCAUUCUUCAACGUCCUGCGGCGGAGACGUCCCGUCUGCAAGAACGCGUGGCGGACCUCGUCACCCUGUCGACGAUGGACGAUAUACUAAGUUGGGUCUACACGGGGCCGGAAGCCAAAACACGCGUGGCGUCCGUCGCGCCUUGUGUCACAGGUCUCGCCCGCGAGGGGGAUCCAUUGGCAUGGGCCUUGGUCGACGCGCAAGCGUAUCAGCUAGCGAAACAAAUCGCUGACGCAACGACGUACGCGCGUGCCGAAGACAUAAAUGUGCGGCUCGGCGGUGCCUUGCUGCAAGACGCGACGUUUCAGCGAUGUGUGGUAGACCAUCUGACGCGCCUAGGCUACGCCUUUGCUAGCAUACAAGCUGUCCCAGAUGCUUGUGUCGCCGCGUUGGCAGCGUGGCACACAGCGCCGCACGAAGGAUCAUCAUAA